AAAACAACUAAGUAUGAAGAAAAUGAAGAGCAAAUUUGAGGUAUUAAAGAGACAAAGAAUAGAAAAACAUUUAAAGGAUUCUAAUGAAAACGAUGAAGGAAAAAAUAAUGCGCCAGCUGGUUCUGAUGUUAAGGCAAGCAAAGUACCAAAUGAUAGCUUUCAUAGCUUGCUUAAGGAAACCAUUGAGAAUAUGUCAGAGAUGCUGUCUUUAUGCCUCAAAAAUGUUAAUAUAAUUGAAUCUAAAUGGAAUGUAGGUCAGUAUUCUCAAGUAGCAACAGAAAAAGCUGGAAAACAUGUGUUGAAACAGCUACAUGCCAUACAGAAUAACUUCAAAAUAAUGGAGAAUGAAUUGGAAAGCAAUAUUAGGCUUUAUAUUGCUGGAAUGUGUAAAACAGAGUCUAUAGGUAAUGUUGAUGCACAAACUGAGGAGAGUGUUGCACGCACUAAAUCUGCCUCCAGAAUUAAUGAAAGUGUGGAAAGUGAUGUAAAAAUUGAGCAAAAGGAGACAUUAGCUGUGGUUUGUGAAAAUGAAAACUCUGUUAUAUGUAGAGAUAGUGAGAUGACAAAUCGUAGCAGUAAGAGGAGCCAAAGAAAGACCUCUGAAUGUGAAGAGAGUGAUGCUCAAAAAAUGAACGAUAUUGGCAAAAGUUCCAGCACUGUACGUGCAAAUGAUGAAGAAAGAGGUAAAGACACACCAAUGGAGGUUGAUGAUAGCCAAGACUCCAGUAAGGCUCUAUUUAGAUCUGAGGAUGAACACUCUCUUCCAGAUCUUCAAAAUGCUAUAGAUGGAAUUUUAAGUGAUAGGAGCAAUGAUAUUGAUGGUGCUCUAGAAGAAAUUGAUGAGAACAAUGAUAUUGAUAACACUCUUGAAGGUGGAAUUGAUGGCAGAGUAGAUUUUGAUAAACUAAUUACAGUUGAAAAAGAAAAUGCUAGGAAAAGCACAAGGCUCACAAGAUCUACCACAGAGAAAGAAAAUAAGAAAGAUGAUGGGGAAUUGGAGACCAUGGAUAAAAGAAGGAAGAGCCAGAAGGAAAAAGACUGUGAUGAUAGAGACGGCACUAAAGAUCAUAGCGAGGAUGAAGAUGAUGUCAAGAAGUCCAGAUUUUCAAAGAGGCUGAGGAAAAUAAACAGAGAAUCUGUCAGGGAAUCUAUUGAUGAUGAUGAUUCUGAAGCAGAACUUCAGAAAAGUUCUAGCACUAAAACUUUAAGAAAAUCUAGUAGGAGAAAGUUGAGUAAAAGUGAAAAAGCUGAGAGUGAUAAUGAAGAAAUAGUAAAAGAAGAAAAUAAAAGGAGCACUAAGAGAGUUGAUCAGUCUGCAAGAAAUGGAAUGCUAGACAGUGGAGAGAGUGAAGAAGAAAGAUCUGAGAAAUUGGAUAAAGUUGAUUCAAGAAAAAAGAGAUCUUUAAGGAGACAAGAUGAUGGUGAUAGCAGUAUGAAAGAGUGUGACGAUGAGGCUUGUGAUGAAGAAGCCGUGAAAGAAAAAGAGAAAGAGGGUGUUGGUCGUAUAAGAGUUAAGAAGGAUUUAAUGAAAAUUGAUGGGGAUGAUGAUGGUACAAAAGAUGAAAAAAAAAUAAAAGAAGAGGAUGUUGGUUGUAUAAGAGUUAAGAAAGAAUUAAUGACAGUUGAUGAUGGUGACGGUAUAAAAGACGAAAAAGAAAUAAAUAAAGAGGAUAUUGGUCGUAUAAGAGUUAAGAAAGAUUUAAUGAUAAAUGAAGAUGAUGGUACAGAAAAUAUAAAGGAUGAAAAAGAAUCAAAAGAUCUUAUUGGUCGUAUAAGAAUUAAGAAAAAUUUGAUGGCAGUUGAAGUUGAUACAAAAAAUAUAAACGAUGAAAAAGAAGUAAAAAAAGAGAUUAUUGGUCGUAUAAGAGUUAAGAAAGAUCUAAUGGAAGUUGAUGGUGAUGAUGCAACAGAUGAGAAAGAUAAAGAAAUAAAGAGAGAGAUUGUUGGUCGUAUAAGAGUUAAGAAGGAUCUAAUGGAAGUUGAUGAUUCCAGAAGUAAGAAAUUAAAGGAAGUGGUUGAACAAAGUGAAGACGAAGAAACACGUGUAAAUGAGGAAAGUAAUGAUGAAGAAAAUGAGGAAAAAAAUGUGGAAAGGGGCAAGAAACAUUCCAAGAAAAGGGGAUGUAAAGAAGAGGAGAAAAAUAAGAAGGGUAAACAAACUGACGAGAGGGUACUAAGGAAAAGAAAUAAACAAAAUAAAGAGGAAGAGGAUACAAAAAAAAGAGUAAAAAGACAUAAGGGGAGACAAAGGGAAAAUGAGAAGGAAAAAUCUCUGGAAAAAACAAGAUCGCCUAGAAAACGAAGGAAUAGAAAAGCUGAUGAAGAUGAGGAUGAGGAUGUUCUUUUGGGACUUGUUGAAGAGAGUUCAGAAAGUUCAGAAGAAGAAGACACUGAUCAAGAAAUGAAAAGACGAGAGGCUGACAGAGAGUCGGUAAAAAAGAGGGAAGGGAGGGACUCGAAAAAAAUGAACAAAGUAUCUAAGGAUGAGGAUGAUGAUGACGACUUGAGUAAAACUAAAAAGAGAAAAAUUUCAGAUAGAAGAAAUAGUAAAAAAGUAGAUACAGACAAUGAGGAAAACAUUACUGAAGAACAGGAAGAAGAAGCAAACAAGGAGAAGCAUACAAAAUCCAGCAGGAAUCAGAAAAAGAAAGAAAGUGUUGAUGAAGAAAACCGGGAAAAUAAAAAUGCAUUAGCAUCAUUGUUAGCAUCUGAUUCAGACAAAGAUGAAACACAUGAUAUGACACAUGCUGAGAAAGAGACAAAAGAUGAUAGCAAAAUGAUUGUUAGUGAAACCAGUUCAGGGGAAAGUGCUGUUGAAACCAAAAAAAGAACUCUCACAUCUUCAGCAUCAGAAACUGAAAAGAAAGAAAAAAAAAUGAAGAAAAAAUCCAAAGAUGGUAAAUCACAGACAAAGAAUGACAACCAAAAAGCAAAAGCUGCACUCUUGGAAAGUGAAAGUGAAGAUGAUCUUGAAGACAAGCCCAAGCCUCGUUGUAAAAAGAAAAACUAUAAAAUAUCUUCUGCCGAUAAUGAUAAAAAUGCAAAACGACAACAUUUAAGAAACAUUUGGAAUGCACUUACUGAUGAAGAAAGAGAAAUACUGAAAGAAAAGCAGCUGAAUGGAAAAUGUCAGGUGGACCUUAAGGAGAUUGGUCAAGCAAUAAAAGAAAAAAUUGAGGAAGAUGAUUAUGUGUACGUGUCUGAUUUCCCAGAGCUUUACUCAAAUAUUGGACAUGUAUCAGACAGUGAUAACUGUGAUGCAGAUGAAGAAGAAUCUGACAAGGAAUUUACAAAACUAAUGAGUUUCAAGGUGACCAAGUACUCAAAACCUGCACCCAAAAGCAGAAAAAAGUUGGUAGAAUUUGAAUCUGAACAGAAGAGAAUGUUGAAAAGGAGGAAAGUAAAUUGAAUAAAAAGUUAAAGAAAGAUAAAGUUGUAAAGAAGAAAAAGGAGGGUUUAUUAGAUAUUAAUAUUGAUAAAGAAGAGGAUGAGGAGGAUGAGGAUGAGGUAGAGGAAGAUAAUAAGAAAAAAAAGAAGAAAGAAGGGGGUAUAUCUCUGAAUGAGAAGAUGAAGAAGCAGAUUCUGAUGAGCAGUGAUGAAGAAGUGGAAGAUGAUGAUGGUGAUGAUGAUGAAGAUGAGAAAG